AUGAGAGUCCUACUGACUGGUGGAUCUGGUUUCAUCGCCGCUCAUGUGCUUGACUACCUCCUCGAGCAUGGCCACUCGGUCGUAACGACCGUCCGAUCACAGGAGAAAGCCGACAAGAUUAAGGAGGCCCACCCCAAGUAUGGCAAGGACAAGCUGGACUUUGCCUUGGUUGAAGAUAUCGCCCAGGAGGGUGCGUUCGACAAGGCCGUCGUCUCCGAUCCGCCUUUCGAGGCUGUCAUCCACACUGCCUCCCCGUUCCACUUCAACGUCACCGACGUCAAGAAGCAACUGCUCGACCCGGCAAUCAUUGGGACCACUGGCGUCCUCAAGUCUAUCAAGAAGCGCGCGCCGACCGUAAAGCGCGUUGUCGUCACAAGCUCUUUCGCAUCCAUCGUCAACCCCAAGAAGGCGUCAUGGCCGGAACACACGUACAGCGAAGCCGACUGGAACCCAGUCACAGCCGAGGAGGCGGAGAACGAUCCAGCGACGGGAUAUCGUGCCUCCAAGACGUUCGCCGAGAAGUCCGCCUGGGACUUUGUCCAGAACGAGAAGCCAAACUUCACCGUGUCCACCAUGUGCCCUCCUCUUGUGCUGGGUCCAAUCGUCCACUAUCUCAACUCUCUCGAUGCACUGAACACAUCCAACCAGCGAAUCCGCGACUGUAUGCUCGGCAAGUGGAAGGACGAGAUCCCAGCAACUGGCACCUUCAUCUGGGUUGAUGUUCGUGACCUUGCAUUGUCUCACGUUUUGGCGAUGGAGCAGGAGGACGCAGCGAACAAGCGAUUCUUCAUCACCGAGGGUCACUUCAGCAACCGGCGAAUUGCGGAUGUCAUUGCAAAGAACUUCCCCGAGUAUAAGGACAAGGUGCCGUCGGAGAAGACUCCCGGCGGAACGUUGCCUGAAGAGGGCAUAUUCAAGGUCGAUAACAGUCAGGCACAGAAGUUGUUGGGCGUGAAGUGGAGGUCAUUCGAAGACUCCAUCGUGGAUACUGUGAAGAGUUUGAAGGCUGUUGGCGCUUGA